AUGCAGUUUGCGAGUGUGCCGUGGGGCGGCAAGGAGGUGGUGCUGGGCAUGGCGGCCUGGUGCGCGGCGUUUGUGGGCGUGGGCCUGGCCUUCAUCCCGGUGGUGCGCGCCAUGGCGGGCGCCGACGGCUUCUCCGGCCUCUCCGCCACCGACAAGUCAGUGUUUGCGCUGGCCAACCAGGUGGCGGAGACGGCGGUCAGCAUCGCCAUCAUCCGCCUGGGGGUGGCGCGCUUUGAGCCGCUGCCGCCCGACCUCUUCAAGUAUGACCUGAGCGCACCAUUCAAGAAGCCGCGCGGCUGGCUGAUGUGGGGCCUGCUGGGCGUGCUGCUGUCCCCCUUGGUCGUGUAUGCCUCGGCCACGCUGUCUGAUGGGCUGGGCGUGUCCGACACUGCUGGGCGGGGCACCGUGGAUGCUGUGUCUUCCAUCAUCACCAUCAACUUCUCGACCUACGCCUCCCUCAUGGCCACCACCUCGAUCCUGGCGCCCCUGCUGGAGGAGACGGUGUUCCGCGGCUUCCUGCUCACCAGCCUGACCAAGUGGAUGCCCGUGCCCGCCGCCGUCGCCGUCUCCUCCCUCGCCUUUGGCAUGCUCACCGCCCUGGGCUUCCUGCUAGGGUUCACCUACGUGCGCUCGCGCAACCUGCUGACCCCCAUCCUCAUCCACGGCGCCUGGAACGGCAGCGUGCUGACCAUCCUGUUUUUCCUUGCCAGCCAGGGAAUAUCCAUCGAUGAGCUCCUCCACGCCCCUAGCUAG